GCAGCGGGACAUCGUCGUGCUUUCGCGGGGCUUUCAGUUCCGAGAGGCUCCAGAGAGACACCGAGCGGAUCGUCGCAGUGAAGCCGGCCGGGGCGGACUGCUGGCGGCUGCUGCGUCCCGCUGAGGACGGAUCCGCAGCACCAUGUACCAGGUCCAGGGCACAGGGGAAAGGGUCGUUGCCAUGGUGCUGAAGGAGCUUCCCGGUAAAAAGGCGUCCUCUGAAGGAAACCCCCUCCUCACCGUGACAACCAAGCUUGUCGGGGAGCAGCAGGAGAGUCGCCCCCUGCUGAGCCCCUCCAUCGAUGACUUCCUGUCGGAGAGUCGCAGCGACGCCUCGUCAGUCCGACCAAUCAGCUCCAACGCAGCAGUUCUGACCACAGCGCUGGACCUGGUGGACCUCAGCGAGCCCAGCACCGGGGGCAGCACCAGGGGCAGCAGGAAGAGAAGCCCUCUGAGAAGGAAGGGAAGCUCCAAGAGUCCUCGGCACCGAACGAGAGCCGACGAGACGGAGCUGAUCCAGGUGGAGGUGGAACACCUGUCGAGUCCCAGAACACCUGAGAGGGUCUCACUGGACUCAGUCAGUCUGUCGUCUCCUCUGGACAAAUGGGACGAGGUGAACCUGGAGGUGGAGGACGGCGUUCGAAGGAGGAGAUAUGAGAAGAGAUGCACCUCCCAUCACUCAUCCAGUGAACUGCUGUGGUCUGCAGAGUUUAAAACUGAUCCACGAGCGAAGAAUAACUUCGACAUCCACAGUUUUGAUGAUCUGGACUUCAUAUCUUCAACACAGGACUGUGGGGCGUCCAGACAGCGCCGUCGGACUCGAUCUCUGCUGGCCAAAAACGAAUCUCUGGAGGACGAGUUUGUCAGAGCGAAGGCAGCUGUCGAGUCAGACACAGAGUUCUGGGAUAAGAUGCAGGCUGAGUGGGAGGAGCUGGCUCGGAGGAACUGGCUGGAGGACUCGGAGGAGCAGCGUCCGAUCCCGCCCACCGUCUCACCUGCCGAGAAGGGUUACUACUUUAACACCAACAACCCAUACAGAGACCUGCCCAACGCCUUCACCGAGGGCCAGGACAAAGCCCGGGAGGGAGACCUGAACGCUGCUGUCCUGCUGCUGGAGGCGGCGAUUCUGCAGGACCCCCAGGACUCAGAGGCAUGGCAGAUUCUGGGAAUGACUCAGGCUGAAAACGAGAAUGAGCAGGCCGCCAUCGUGUCGCUGCAGAGGUGUCUGGAGCUCCGCCCCAACAACCUGCCCGCUCUCAUGGCGCUCGCUGUCAGCUUCACCAAUGGCGGCAUGCAGCGGGAGGCAUGCGAUGCCCUGCGCCGCUGGAUCAGCCACAACCCCCGCUACAGACACCUGGUGCAGGAGGGCCGGAGCCCGCUGCAGGGUUCCCCGCUGCGGGGCUCCCCACUGCAGGGUUCUCCACUGCAGGGUUCCCCACUGCAGGGUUCCCCACUGCAGGGUUCCCCGUCCACACCACGCUGGGCCCGCCACGACUCCACCCCGGCCAGGUGUGAGCUGCAGGACGUCCUGCUUCUGUUCCAGGAGGCGGCGCUGUUGAACCUGGACUGUGUGGAUCCGGACCUGCAGACCGGACUGGGAGUUCUGUUCAACCUGAGCUCAGACUUCAACAAGGCGGUGGAGGCGUUCAGUGCAGCGCUGUCGGUCCGACCACAGGACUACCUGCUGUGGAACCGGCUGGGAGCGACGCUGGCCAACGGGAACCGCAGCGAGGAGGCCGUGGAGGCGUACACCAGAGCUCUGGAGCUGCAGCCCGGAUUCAUUCGCUCCAGAUACAACCUGGGAAUCAGCUGCAUCAACCUGGGAGCUCACAGGGAGGCUGUCAGUAACUUCCUCACAGCUCUGAACCAGCAGAGGCGGACUCAGCGCUGCAGCCACCAGCAGAUGUCGGCCAACAUCUGGUCAGCCCUGCGAAUUGCCAUCUCUCUGAUGGACCGACCCGAACUGUUCCAGGCCGUCAACAUCGGGGACCUGGACCUGCUGAUGAGGGCCUUCGACAUGGCUGACGUCUGAGUCCGGGCUUCAGAACCAGCGGACCACAGUGGAGACAAUUUGGUUCAAAACCAAAGACACGAUGAAAAUCCUUUGCAAUAUAACAGCACAACCCUUUAGCUUCGUGUCCACACCGAGCAGCGCUCUGUGGAGCUUCAUCUGCAGAUCCUCUAACGAGUCCUACAUGGUUCAGACUCACCUUUAAAACCAGGCCUUACAGCCGUCAGCCAUCCAAAUAUGAAUUUAAAAUGUUUUCAGUCAAGUAAAGCACCACUUCACUGCUGCCGGCCGAGUCUGAGGAGCUUCAGAACUUCAUGUCGUCAGACCUUCAGACCUUCAGACCUUCAGGAAGAAGCAGCUUCUAAAACAGCUAGAGUUCCAGUCAGACAGAAACAGGUUUAACUGAAGCAGUGGUUCAGCCACAUGCUAGAAGGAAGUCUGUUUGAAUUCCUCCCUGAUAGAUCCAGUGUUGGUUUGUCUUCACUAACUCAUCAGUACAGCAGUCCAUCAGUGUUUCACGCUGUGUCUGCAGCAACAUAAAGCCUCAGAGCUUUGUUCAGCUUCACACGUCUCAUAUUUCCUCUUUCUCAAUGUUUUUUUUCUUAUUUGAGUCAAAUGACAAAAAGCAGCAAAUCGCUUGACAACACCUGAAACGUCCUUGCCAUGGAAUAAAUGGAAUAAUGAAGAAAACCCCAAACACUGAAACCCUAACCCUCUGGGUCCCUCUUUGGCUUUUCCUUUCAGUUUGUCCUGCAGCUGCAGUUAAACAUCUGUACAGCAGAGUCAGUUAAACUCCCAGACUGCAGAGGACUGUGGGUGAGAACAGCAGGACAGAUGUGCGUUUGGUCCAUCAUAUCUGAACAGACGAGGUGUUCACUGUCGUACUGAUGAGUUAAACUGGAUCUAUGAAGAUGUCUGGUGUUCACGUUGUUCUGUUUGUUUCAUUCACCUGUGAACCACAACUGAUUUUAUGUUUAGAUUCGCCCAAACGCUGUCAGAGAUGUUUAGGUUUUUUUUAAAUUUCGAGGCCGAAACUAAACUCUGAUAGCCUGAAUUAAAACUCAGUAUAAAUGAGAGUUAAAGGUAAAUGUUCAUCAACCUGAUCUCAGGUGAGGAUAAAAACAGAACAGAUUCCUGCAGGAAAAUAAAGCACUGAACAUUACAAAGUAGGGACGUUGAUUAUCAGUUCACUGGUUUUACUGAUUAACAAAUAUAUUAUUUAUUAAGGCAAGAGAAGAAGGUCAUGGUGUCAGUAAAUGUAGAUUGGCUGUAGUUCCUGGUUGCUCCACCAGGUGGAGCCUCUUCCUGUUCAGUCCUGUAGGUGAUCAGAGGAGGCGUCACUCAGACUACAGUUAAAGCAGAGAGUUUGGAGAAAGUCAAAAACCUGAUUUAAAUCCGGUUUCUAUCCCGGUUGAAGUGUUUUUGUGCAGCGCUGCUCUGCUCCCAGUGCUCCAGCAACACUCCCUGGAAGUCUUCUUCUGUAAAAGCAUCCAGCACCAUCAGCUAUGGCUGCAUUUAACUGUUUUUAUGGAUUUCAGAGUCUUUGUCUAUAAAAUCCGAUUGAAAUUUGGCCACUGUCUGCUUCAUGCUAGAGUUUUUGUGCAGCGCUGCUCUGCUCCCAGUGCUCCUGGAACACUCCAGUAUCCAGCACCAUCUACUAGCGUGUGUUUGGCUGUUCUGAGGUGUAUAGGUCAGAAACUGCACCUAUAGACAUCUCAAAUCUGAUGACUUCUGUGGUUGUUAAUUACCUCCAACCAGAGCUGAUGUGAGAAUGUGCUUCCUACAUCACCUUUUAGUCGUAGGAGCUUGAUGAGAAACUAGCCGGCUCCUCUGGACGUUUCUUGAAACAUCUUCCAGAGAAGUCUGGCUGGUGACCAGGACCUGGAUGAGUUCAGCAGCAGUGGUCACCAUGACAAAGACUGGUGUUAGAAUGAAGGACGUCCAGCUAGCUGCUUCUCUGCUUCCAUGUAUCUAAACUGUGUGAAUUUAAACUAAAGACAUCCUGAUACUUUUAGUUUUUUUCCUGUUGCCCUUAUUUCAACCCGAGUUCUUGAAUAUUUACAAGCCGCUGCUGUUUACCUGAUAAUGCACACUAAAGUUCUUUACAGUUACUGAAAUAAUCCCGUGUAUCUGCUUGACAGAAUAUCUGUGCAGCAUUAAAAUAACCUGCAUCCUGCCUCCAAGCUGUUCCUGAUCGUUCUGCAGGUGGAACCUCGUAAAGUUCGGUUUCACUGACAAAUACAGAAUAUUUAGGAUUUUACAGAUUUAAGUUUUCCUGCCAGAGCUCAGAGACGGAGGAGGAGUUCUGGUUUGUUUCUUCCCGUCUCUUUAAACCUUUGAAGCCAUAAACUUUCAUCAGAUGAACUUUGAGCAGGAUGUAGAACUCAUGAGAAGCUCAGAACUCACCUGUCAGGUGUUUUAUCUCCUCCUGCAGGCUGAGAGAGGAACAGCAGCAGGUUUACUCUCUUCAUCAGGCCCUGAAACGGUGAAUUACAAUCAGUAUUAUUAGAAUUAGAGGAAAUGUGAGACGUGAAGGAACUCCACCUGCAGGAAAUGUUCCGUCAUGGAAGUAAAAUGAAACUAAUAUUUCAUCUCCUGAAGCCUCGUUUUUCUCCACAGCGCCACCGAAUGUUGUGGAUGAUUGCAAAAGAGGAAAACGCAGUUUAAUGUCACACCCAAUACAAGUUUCUGUCAAACUACUGAUAGUUUCAAAGCAUUAUUUCACCCAAAUCAUACUUUUUAAAUUCAGUUUGACUUUGUUGCUAAAAGUUGGAUUCUGGGCAAAUUACUGAGCAGUUUUUUGACAAGAAUUUAACCAAAAAAGACUCUUUAUGUCAAAAUGAAAACAGAUUUCCACUAAAUAAUGUCAGUAAAUAUAAACCAUAAACCAGUGAUUCCAUCAGUGUUCUCCUCCUUCCAGUCAGGAUCUAGUAGAUGAACCUUCAGGUCCAUCAUGGAUCCUGUUGGUCUCCAUCAGUCUGAACAUCUGAACUUUCUCCUCCUUCUUUAUAAACUGUUAAACUCUGUCAGGUUCCUCAGGGAUCCUGAUCUACAGAACCUUUCAGGUCCAGACUCUAGUUCUCAGCUGGAUGGAGGUCUGGACUCUGACUCCUCCAGAACCUCCACCUUGUUGUCUUCAAAACAUCUCUGAGGAUCGCCUGGAUGGAAAACUGAUCUUCUCCACAUCUCAGUUCUCUUCAGACUGCAUCAGGUUGUCCUCCAGGAUUUAUUUACCCUCUGCCUUUACCAGCCUUCCAGGGCCUGCUGCUGAGGAACAUCAUGAUGCUGCCACCACCAUGCUUCACAUCAUGGUGGUGGCCUCUCUAAUUGAUCUUUCUAGUAACUCCUUCAGAGGAGUCAUAGAGUCUUGGUGGCCUCCCUCUCUAGUCUCUCAGGUCUUGAGGACGUCCUGCUCUAGUCACAUUUAUUCAUGUUCCAUCUUCCUUCCAUUUCUUCAUGAUGGAUUAACUGGACUCCAGGAGAUCUUCAGGAACUUUAAAUGUUCUUGUAUCGUCCUGACUGAUGCUCUUCAACAAACUAGACCUCCUCCUCCAUCUCAGAGUUUCUUGGUUCUUCAGUCUUCAUGGUGUACUUCUAUCCAGGAGUUCUGAUCCACCAGAGACAUUUUCUGUUUUUUUCACCGUGCUUUACAUCAUGAUGGUGGCCUUCCUCAUUAAUCUCUCUCUAGUGUCUCCUUCAGGAGUCAUCAGCAUCUACAGAUAAGCAGAUCCUGGUUCCGUCCUCUCACUCUGACUGUCCUCUCUUUAAUGCUUGCUGCUCUUUACUGAUCCUCUCCAUUAGGUGGCGCUCUCAUGAAAAACGAUGUAGAUGUGGUCCUAAAAGUGCCGCCUCUUCUGCUGCAGAUUCCUGCUGCUCAGUGAAACACCGCUAGAAAACAAUGAUGUCUGUACAAACCGCCUGCAGGUGGCGCUCAACAUCACAUAAACAGCUGCUGUUCCAGUGUCUGCCUGCUGGAGGCGCCACCUUCCUGUUCCUCUAAAACCUCUGGUGUUCUGUUGGUUUCUGUCUGUUGCCUCUCAGGGGAACAUUUUUCAUUAUAAAAGCUGCAGAUCCACGUAUUUAUCACGCUUUAAGUAUUUAAACCACAUUUUAAUCCGAGUAGCAGAACUACGAAGAAACAAACGUUUGUCAUGAGUCUGGAGGUUCUUUCAAAAAUGUUUCAUCUUCUUUUCUGCUCCUGAUUCUCUCCAGCUGCUCUCAGUUCAACAGACUGAAACAGCCAGAAAUAAAACAGGAGGACUUCCAGCUGAUUCUUCUGACAAUGGUUUGAAACCCCUCUGACUGCACCUGAGUUUACUGAUUAUUACUCAUUUACUGAUAAACUUCAAAUCUUCAGCAGAAAGACUGAAAGCUGUGAAUGUUUUCUGGUUUUGAUUCAGUCGGUCUGUUGAACUGUCAGAGUCUCUGGUUUAGUUUUAAUUCUGUCCAUCUGUUGAGAAGAUUCACAGUGGCAUCAAGCUCCUGACUGGUUGAUCAAUAAGAUGAUUGGUUUGAACGGAUGCGUGAAUCUUUCUCGUUGAUCCUGUUUUCUUCUGUUCUGCAUGUUUCUGCCUGUACAGACAAUAACCACAUUAUUAAACAGAAGCUGAAAGUG